AUGCAGAGGAAUGAGGUUGGCACAGCGCCCACUGCAGUCUGCACAUCACACUCCUGAAAUCACGCCUCGCUGGCUUCCCCUCUAAUUGGUUCCCACACAAGCAACCGUGGAGAGUUCACCUGAUUUAAUUGGACUAUCGCGACAAGUUGCCCAAGUGACGUCGGUGCGGCCGGUUGACUGCUUCCAAUUGUCAUCUGAGGAACAUCUGAGGAUUUUCGAGCGUAAUUGAGCGCCGAGGAAAAAAGGACUGCAGCAGCCGCGCGACCGACCGACGGACGGACGAAGCUGCUCAAGCAGGCCGAGAAGACGAGUGAAGGCGCUUCAGCCGCGGAGCACAGACACCCGAGCCCGUGGAUGGAUGCAGGACGGAGGGCAUCAGAGCGUGUCGGCAUGGACCACAUAUAGCAGCCAGAGAUUUAGUGUGAACAACUCCUGAUCUGAAUGCAUCUGCUUGGCUUUUGAGCUCCGAGUUGACCAGAGAAGCAGGGACACUGACUUUUUACGCGUGGAUUUAAACUCUGGAAUAAGCUGUUUCCUCUCCAGUCAAGGCAGUGCAGGAAGCAAAAGCUGCUCCAUCGUUAUUCUUGGCAUCGGCUGACGCGCUGAAACCAUCAGCACCGUAACCUCUGUUUUUAUAUUUUGUUGUUUUUGCGCAAGUGGCAAGCGGUGCGCCCCUGCGUUUGGAUCCAAUGGGUUGUACGGUGAGCGCCGAGGAUAAAGCUGCCGCGGAGAGAUCAAAGAUGAUUGACAAAAACCUCCGAGAGGACGGAGAGAAGGCAGCCAGAGAAGUGAAACUGCUUUUAUUAGGUGCUGGGGAGUCUGGGAAGAGCACCAUCGUAAAGCAGAUGAAGAUCAUCCAUGAAGACGGCUACUCAGAAGACGAGUGCAAGCAGUACCGAGCGGUGGUUUACAGUAACACCAUCCAGUCCAUCAUGGCCAUCGUGAAAGCCAUGGCCAGUCUCAAGAUAGACUACUGCAGCCCUGCCAGAGUGGACGACGCCCAGCAGCUCUUUGCUCUGUCUGCAGCUGCCGAGGAACAGGGCAUCCUUCCUGAUGACUUGGCCAACGUGAUCAGGCGGUUGUGGGCCGACAGCGGCAUACAGAGUUGCUUCGCAAGGUCGCGAGAAUACCAACUCAACGACUCCGCGGCAUACUACCUGAACGACCUGGAGAGGAUAGCUAAGGCAGAUUACAUCCCCACCCAGCAGGACGUGCUACGGACUCGCGUCAAGACCACCGGCAUCGUCGAGACUCACUUCACUUUCAAGGAACUGCACUUCAAAAUGUUUGACGUGGGAGGCCAACGCUCGGAGAGAAAGAAGUGGAUUCACUGUUUUGAAGGAGUAACAGCCAUUAUCUUCUGUGUGGCGCUGAGUGCUUACGACCUGGUGCUGGCUGAGGAUGAGGAGAUGAACCGAAUGCACGAGAGCAUGAAGCUUUUUGACUCCAUCUGCAACAACAAAUGGUUCACCGAGACCUCCAUCAUCCUCUUCCUCAACAAGAAGGACCUGUUUGAGGAGAAGAUCACUCGCAGCCCGCUUACCAUCUGCUUCCCCGAGUACACAGGAGCCAAUAAGUUCGAUGAAGCUGCCAGUUAUAUCCAGACCAAGUUUGAGGACCUGAACAAGAAGAAGGACACCAAGGAGAUCUACACCCACUUCACCUGUGCCACUGACACCAAGAACGUGCAGUUUGUCUUUGACGCCGUCACUGACGUUAUUAUCAAGAACAACCUGAAGGACUGUGGUCUUUUCUAAAGGACAAUGCCUGACGCACUCAGACUGCAUGAGCGACUGCAAUAGCCAUGUGACGAAUACUGCUUUUCAUAAUGAAAACCGAAACGGACUUGAUUCCUCGAGGGAGAACCUGAAAAACAAUCGCUGAUUUGCAACCAUCACAUUCUCUGUUUUAAUCUGUUCUUGUUCUUUUUUAUAUAUAUAUCUUUUUCUUACUGCUCUUUAUCAGGGGUUCUUGUACUAUUCAUACUGAGCACCUGCACAUUUGACCAAGGAGAUCAAUCAACUAACAAUCAUCCUGCCCGAUAAACGGCUGUUUUUUAAUUAGAUUUGUGACAUAAAUUAUAUUAACCAACUGGCUUUAGGGGGAAAUAAUUGUUAGAAGAGCGACACUGGGAAUAACAAAAGCCCAUUAUCUCAACAUGACGAAUGGAAAUGCGGCAAAAUUGAAGCAUUUUUCAUUCUUAAUAGAUGGAGUCUGAGAACCGCUUGUUUAAAUGGUAUUUAUUUGAUUUGUCAUCUUUUUUUGUAUUCAGAUCUUUUAUUGUAGGUUUUCAUUUCACUUGCCUUUUGCUUUUGGAGUUUAAUAAGAGGAUACGGUAGACAAAUAAAACAACUUUUUAUAAAUAAAAAAAAAAAAAAAUCACCUUAACUUAUGUUAACUGGCAUUUUAUGAACCUUUUGACUGCACAGAGCUUAUUUUUAGAAGAAAACAAACAAGCAUGGAGAAUGAAAAUGGAUGAAGGGAAACUGUUUUUUGUACAAUGUUUACACAGAAUCAAAUAUUCACACUUGUACUAUAGUGCAUUGUUCUGCAUGACUGUCCAUAGAUUAGCCUGUACCCCCCCGCCCCCACAAACUGAAUAACAUUCCUUAAGUAACUUCUUUAAAGAAAUGAAACUGAACUUGUUAUGUGUCACUUUUAAGAUAUCUGCAAGAUUUUUAAGUGGUUAUCUCUGUUCCUAACAUGGAUUGUUCUGUACUAUCUGUUCCAUUCCGAGUCUUUUUACAUAUGUUCGUGCCUUGAUAUCUGUUUACACUCGUUCUUUAGAGACAUGCUUCUUUCUUCAUAGUGUGAAUUAGGGCUAUUUCUACUCCACUUGGGUUCACAUCGUCCACGAUUGAAGACGCGACGCAGCACCAAGACAAAUGGGAUGGUAGUUGUUCAUUAAUAGUAAGAUGAAAGUCAUUCACUUGAUAAAUGUAAAUAAAAGUUUGGUCACAUGA